GCAUACCAUGGGCUGUGUGCCCCAUACCGUGUCCCGUGUGCCCCAUACCGUGUCCUGUGUGCCCCAUACCAUGUCCUGUGUGCCCCAUACCGUGUCCUGUGUGCCCCAUACCGUGUCCUGUGUGCCCCAUACCAUGUCCUGUGUGCCCCAUACCGUGUCCUGUGUGCCCCAUACCGUGUCCUGUGUGCCCCAUACCGUGUCCUGUGUGCCAUGUCCCAUGCCCUGUGUCCCCACAGGCUCCGUGUCCUGCUCCCCAUCCGAGUUCAGCUGUGGGGGGCUCCAGGGUCGCUGUGUUCCCCUGCUCUGGCUCUGCGAUGGGCACCGGGACUGUGAGGACGGCUCCGAUGAGCUGCAGUGUCCCCCCCGCUCCUGCAGCCCAGACCAGCUCCGUUGCGGCUCCGGCUCCUGCAUCUCCUCCUCCUUUGCCUGUGACGGUGACCGGGACUGCCCCGACGGGACGGACGAGGCCUCUUGCCCCCCGACCCCCCCCUGCGGCUCCGGCACCUUCCGUUGCCAUGACGGCUCCUGCAUCCCGAGGCUCUGGCUCUGCGAUGGAGACCCCGACUGUGCUGAUGGCUCCGACGAGACCCCCCCCGGCUGCGGCCCCCCCCGCACCCCGCGGCCCUGCCCCCCCCUGCGCCUGCGCUGCGGCUCCGGUGAGUGCCUGCCCCGGAGGUGGCUCUGUGAUGGCAGCGAGGACUGUGCCGAUGGCUCCGAUGAGAGAGGCUGUGCCCCCCCCUCGUGCCGCCCGGACCAGUUUGGCUGUGGUGAUGGUCGCUGUGUGCCAGGACUGCGGCGCUGUGAUGGUGAAACCGACUGUGCCGACGGCAGCGACGAGGCCGAGUGUGGUAACGCCACAGCCUGUGCCGGGUUCCGGUGCCGCUCCGGUGAGUGCAUCCCUAUGGAGAGGGUCUGUGACCAGCGCCGCGACUGCCGGGACUGGUCGGAUGAGCCCAUUAAGGAGUGUGGGGUCAAUGAGUGCCUGGAUGGUGCCGGUUGCUCCCAUGUGUGCCGGGAUCUGCCCCUGGGCUAUGAGUGUCUGUGUCCCGAUGGCUUCAGGCUGGGCCCCGAUGGACGGAGCUGCCUCGACAUUGAUGAGUGCCAGGACCCGACUGCCUGUAGCCAACAGUGCCACAACCUCCCUGGCUCCUACCAAUGCGGCUGCUGGGGGGGGUACAGGCUGGAACCCGGCACCAAUGUCUGCAGAGCGCUCGGGCCGCCCCCGGUGCUGCUGUUCUCCCUCCGACACGAGCUCCGGGAUCUGGCUCUGGACGGUUCCGGUUACCGGCGGCUCCUGGGGCCGCUCAAGCACAUGGGGGCUCUGGACGUGCACGUGGGCAACGGGUCCGUGUUCUGGGCUGACCUCAGCCGGGGGUGGAUCUACCGGUGUCCUCCCUCUCCGCCCCCCCCCGCUGCCCCCCAUCCGGUGCCCAUUGUGGCUCUGGGCUCUGGUGCCCCGGCCGCCAUUGCCAUGGACUGGAUCCAUCACCUCCUGUACUGGACUGACCCUGAGCUCGGUGCUGUGGUUGUGGCUGAUGCUGGUGGUGCCUGGAGCCGGAUGCUGCUGAGGGAGGAGGGAGCCAAACCCUGUGGCAUCGCCCUGGACCCACUGCAGGGGUUCCUGUACUGGACUGACUGGGGAGCCAGUGCCAAGAUCGCCCGGAGCCGACUCGAUGGCUCCAAUGUGGAGCUGCUGGUGACUGAGGAUGUGGGGUGGCCAAAGGGGAUCACACUGGACCUGCCCUCCCGGCGCCUGUACUGGUUGGACGCUCGGCUCCAUGCUCUCUCCAGUAUGGAUGCUGACGGGCGCCGGCGCCGGAUGCUGCUGCAGGACCCGGCGCUGCUGGUGCAGCCGUUUGCCAUCACCGUGUUCGACGAACGGGUUUACUGGAGUGAUUCCCAGCUUGGGGCCGUGUUCAGCCUUGGGCUCCAUUCGGAGCAGGCUCCACAGCAGCUGCUCCAGGAGCGGUUCCCAGUGCAGGGACUGGUGCUGGUGCAUCCCCUGCGGCAGCCCCCAGCCCCCUUGGACCCUCUGGACGUGGCCCUCCCACAGCCCCCCCCCCACAGCCAUGGGGGGGGCCUGGAGCCCACAAUGAGCACUGAGACCCCCGGGACCCCCAACAGCACCAGCACAUCCGGCAACGGCACUGCAGGCACCCGCGGCAGUUCCAUGGGUCCCGUGGGCACCAGAACAGCCUCGACGGCACUUGCGGUGCUGCUGCCCCUGGUGGCACUGGUACUGGUCGGUACUGGUGCCCGUGGGCUCUGGCGCUGGUGGCAGCUCCGCAGCACCAGGAGCAUCAGCUUCAGUAACCCCGUGUUCCGCAAGGGGGGGGGGCAGGAGGAGGAGGAGGAGCCGCUGGGGGUGCCCCCCCCGACCCCCCCGGUGCUGGAUGAUGCUGUGGCCUGA